GGAGCGACCUUCGUCCCGGCUGCGGGGCUGACCUUUGACCUCCCGUGGGUGAGGGCAGCGGGUCGGGCCGGGUUCGGUGUCGGUUCGGGGCUGUCCGGGCUCAGCCGGGCCCACAGGGCUCAGCACAGCCCGGUUGGACCGGCGGGUCUGUGUAGGGACUGACCCGGUACCGGUGGGCCGCGGGGCGGGGCGGGAGCGGCUGUCAGAGCGGCUGUGGAACGGGAGGAGGAGAUGGGAGCACAGCGCUGAUAGAGCUACAGCACUGAGGGACCGACAGACCGGCCGACCGACAGACCGACUGACAGACAGACAGACUGACCGACUGCCAGCUCCACACAGCGCGCUCCAGCCAUGGAAGAGGAAGGAAACAGCACCGGCUUGGAGGCCAUGCCAGCAAGUGGAAUUCUUCAGUUUGUAGAAGACAGGAUACAGAGUACUAUGCUGACUGGAAUCGCCAUUGGAGCUGCAGUUGCGCUGUUCCUGAUAGGAAUUGUUGUGUUUUUUGUUUACAGAAGAGUGAAACGAUCCAGACAACCUCAACCACAGGUUCCUCAAUACAGAUUUCGCAAGCGAGACAAAGUGAUGUUCUAUGGGCGGAAGAUCAUGAGAAAGGUUUCGACUAUUCCAAACUCUCUGGUUGGGAACACUGUGCCUCGCCAGAGGAUGAGGAAAAGGGCCAAAGUUUUGAAUUUGGCUAAAAGGAUUCUGCGUAUUAAGAAAGAAUGUCCAACUCUGCAGCCAAAAGAGCCACCUCCUUCUCUGCUAGAGGCAGACCUGACAGAAUUUGACGUGAAGAAUUCUCAUUUGCCAUCGGAAGUCCUAUACAUGCUUAAAAACGUUAGGGUUCUUGGUCACUUUGAGAAGCCUCUGUUUCUGGAAUUGUGCAAGCACAUGUUUUUUGUGCAGCUGCAUGAAGGAGAAUACAUCUUCCGUCCUGGGCAGCAGGAUGACAGCAUCUAUGUUGUGCAAGAUGGAAAGUUGGAAGUUUGCAUUCAAGAAAGUGAUGGCACAGAAGUGAUUGUUAAGGAAGUGCUGGCAGGAGACAGUGUCCACAGCCUUCUCAGCAUCCUAGAUGUCAUCACGGGUCACCCAGCUUCGUACAAAACAGUCUCAGCGCGGGCAGCCACUCCAUCCAAUAUACUGCGACUGCCAGCAAGUGCCUUUCAAGAUGUCUUCCAGAAGUAUCCUGAAACUCUUGUUAGAGUGGUGCAGAUCAUCAUGGUGAGGCUGCAGAGGGUGACAUUCCUUGCCUUGCACAACUACCUUGGGCUGACUACUGAGCUCUUCAAUUGUCAGAACCGAGCCAUCCCACUGGUCUCUGUGGCAAGUGUCACAUCUGGAGGAAGUUCAAGUAAAACAAUAAAAAGACAAGUGUCCAGUGUAUCAGAGGAUGAUAGAGAGAAGGUUGAGAAAGCUGGGGAAGCAUCGGAAAUGGAUAUGUUGAAGAUUUCUGGUACAGAAAAUACUGAGCAUGUUUUCAGGAGAAGCCUUUCUUCGCCCCCCUCCACAGAGACUUCUGGUACAAAGUCAGACAUGAACAUGGCAUAUGAGAGAGCCAGGGUGCACUUCAGCCCAGAGGAUGCUCCUAGCAGCCCUGUUGUGGGCAAGUCGAUAUUGAAGAAGACCGUGACGUUGACAAAAAUUCCUUCAGCAGUUUUUCGUUACACUGGUGAGCUUGCUGCACAGGAAUCCUGUAAUAGCAAACCCAUGGAUGCCAUCUUUGAAGCAGCAAAGAAAGACCUUUCAACCCUGAUGAAACUUGAGGACCCUUCCUUGCUGAAUGACAGAGUGACACUGCGUCAGGUUACUGCUGGGACCGUGCUGUCGAGGCAGGGAGAUCAGGAUGUUAAUGUUUGCUUUGUGGUCUCGGGGAUGCUUCAUGUCUACCAACAGAAGGUCGACUCUGAGGAGGACACCUGCCUGUUCAUCACUCACCCAGGAGAACUCGUGGGUCAGCUUGCUGUUCUCACUGGGGAACCACUGAUUUUCACUAUCAAGGCCAAUCGAGACUGCAUCUUCCUGUCUAUUUCCAAGUCCCACUUCUAUGAGAUAAUGCGAGAGCAGCCAAGCGUUGUGCUCGGUGUGGCCCACACUGUUGUAAAGAGAAUGUCCUCAUUUGUAAGGCAAAUUGACUUUGCCCUGGAUUGGAUGGAAGUUGAGGCUGGGCGAGCUGUAUACAGGCAGGGUGACAAGUCAGACUGCACAUACAUCGUCUUGAAUGGACGACUGCGCUCAGUCAUACGGAUGGAUGAUGGAAAGAAGCACCUGACUGGUGAAUAUGGCCGAGGAGACUUAAUUGGAGUGGUAGAGGCGCUAACCCAUCAGCCUAGAGCCACAACAGUUCAUGCUGUCAGAGAUUCAGAACUUGCCAAACUCCCAGAGGGAGCCCUGACGUCUAUCAAACGCAAAUUCCCCCAGGUUGUGACUAGACUUAUUCACCUGCUGGGAGAGAAGAUCCUUGGCAGCCUUCAGCAGGGAGGCCAUCCUUUUGGUUUGCACAGCUCCAGCAGCAAGUGGGAUGCCGGAAAUCCUGCCAGCAAUCUCUCCACAAUAGCAAUUAUGCCGGUGUCUGAAGAGGUGCCACUUACUGCUUUCACUCUGGAGCUCAAGCACGCUCUCACUGCUGUGGGUCCUGCCUUGCUGCUCACAAGUGAUAACAUCAAACAGCGGCUGGGCUCUGCUGCGCUGGAUAGUAUCCAUGAAUACCGACUGACCAGCUGGCUGGGCCAGCAGGAGGACAUCCACCGCAUCGUCCUGUACCAGGCAGACAGCACCCUCACUCCCUGGACUCAACGCUGCAUCAGGCAGGCUGACUGCAUCUUGAUAGUAGGGCUGGGAGACCAGGAGCCCACUGUUGGAGAGCUGGAGAGGAUGCUGGAGAACACAGCGGUCCGAGCCCAGAAGCAACUGAUUCUGCUCCAUAAGGAGGAUGGUCCUCUCCCUUCCCGAACUGUGGAAUGGCUCAAUAUGAGGAGCUGGUGUUCUGCUCAUCUUCAUCUCCACUGUCCACGAAGAGUGUUUUCCAAAAGAAGCUUGCCAAAGCUGAUAGAGAUGUAUGAACGUGUGUUCCAGAAGACACCAGACCGACACUCAGACUUCUCUCGCCUGGCUCGUGUUCUGACUGGAAAUGCCAUUGCCCUGGUCCUUGGCGGUGGGGGAGCCAGGGGCUGCUCCCAGGUCGGGGUUAUCAGGGCACUGAUUGAAGCCGGCAUCCCCGUGGAUAUGAUUGGAGGAACGUCCAUUGGCUCUUUCAUGAGCGCUCUAUACGCAGAAGAACGCAGCUUCAAUCAGAUGAGGAUCAAAGCCAGGCAGUGGGCCAUGGUUAGCGCAAGGUUGUGCCACAUCCAGAAUGGAGAAGAGGGGGAGGAAAGGAAGAAGGAGCCACGAGAGCUGAAUUACAGCCUUACUGCAAAGCAGUGCAGAGCUCGGUGUUUCUUGGUUAUGAAUUCAGUGCUUAAGACUGUUCUAGACUUGACGUAUCCAAUAACCUCAAUGUUUUCUGGAGCAGCUUUUAACAACAGCAUCAGCAGCAUCUUCAAGGAUAAACAGAUUGAGGAUCUGUGGAUUCCUUACUUCACGAUCACAACUGACAUCACUGCCUCAGCAAUGAGGGUCCACACUGAUGGCUCUUUGUGGAGGUACAUCCGUGCCAGCAUGUCUCUCUCUGGGUACAUGCCCCCGCUCUGCGACCCGAAGGAUGGGCACCUCCUGAUGGAUGGAGGCUACGUCAACAACCUUCCUGCUGAUGUGGCGAGGUCCUUGGGUGCUAAGGUGGUGAUAGCAAUCGAUGUGGGGAGCCGGGAUGAAACCAACCUCACCAACUACGGCGACUGCUUGUCUGGCUGGUGGCUGCUCUGGAAGAGGUGGAAUCCACUGGCUGAGAAAGUGAAGGUGCCGAACAUGGCGGAGAUCCAGACACGGCUCGCAUACGUGUGCUGCGUGCGGCAGCUGGAGAUGGUGAAGAACAGCGACUACUGCGAGUACAUCCGGCCCCCCAUCGACCGCUACGGCACGCUGGAUUUUGGCAAGUUCGAUGAGAUCUGUGAGGUGGGAUAUCAGCAUGGCAAAACUGUGUUUGGUGUCUGGUCCCGGAGUGGCGUCCUUGACAAGAUGCUGCGAGACAAACAUGAGACUUACAAAACCAAAACUUCUGAUAGCGUGAACUACCCCAGCACCUCCUUCACAGACCUGGCAGAGAUUGUGUCCAGGAUUGAGCCAGUGAAAGCUGCUGUGGCUGAUGAUGAGUCAGACUACCAGACUGAGUAUGAGGAAGAAGUUCUGGACAACCAGAAGGAUGAUUAUAUUCAUUUCAUACGGAAGCAGGCUGAGGACGACACUGACUCGGAUGAAGAUGUACGGAUAAGGAAGCGUAAGAAACUCCAAAAUGUGGACUGCCAGACAAGCAGCACAGGAGAGCCAGCCUAGAACUGAGUGCAGCAGCUGCAUCUCAUUUGUAUUUACAUACACUAAAAAAAGGAAAACAUCUAGAUGAGAUUAAGCAAGCUUUCGCCCUCCUCUAGGCAGGGUGUGUGGCAUCCAGCUGCCAGCAGUAAGCACCAGCUCCUGCCCUGUGCCGUGCAGACCUCUGGGCAGUGCCAGCCCUUGGUCACUCUGGGACUGGCAGAGUGGGAGCACCUUGGGGACGUGCAGUCUUUGGCUGCUGCAUGUUCUAGUUACUGGUUCUACUGCAAGGCCCAAAGAAUAAAUGGGCGUCGUCCUGCUGUGUCCGUUGAUGAAAGGCUCCAUACAGCUGCACUGGAGAGAGGAGAUCUGUGGAGCACAGCGUCACUGCUUGCUUUUCAUCCGAAUCAGGUAACUGUGAUUAACUCCUCAGUGACUUGCAAUCAGGUGCUUGUGAGCAGUGCUCUGACUGGAGCCACUCUGAAUGUAUUUAACUUCCAAUCUCAAGCCAAGAAAUCAAUUAACGUGAACACUAGCUAUGAAGCGUGUAUCCUUAAGCCAUCAGCAGACAUUUACAGACAAAUAAUAGUGCUGACUUUCGCCAGGCAACUCUGGAGUCCCUGCUUGGCUGAGAAAUAAAGUUAUUUUGCUGGAUUUAAA